CACCCCAUCGCGCACCUCGCUCCUAUGUGUGCUACCGGCUGACAAACUCUCUAACCCGUAUAUCAGUACGUUGUGGAGGCUGGAAUUUACGGUAGCUGUUUCAAUAAUUGUCGCGUUCAUACUGUCAUCACUUCAUCUACGAUCAUCCAGGCACACAAUCUCAUUCAGAAUGAGCAAUCGAGCCGCACUCGUCGAGAGUCCAAAGGGCGAAGUUGUUGUGCGCGAUACUGAGGUCUUUGAACCCGAGCCAGGAGAAGUGCAGAUCAAAGUCCAUGCCUGCACCGUUCAACCAAUAGAUGCGAAAAUUGGAAGGCUUGGGAUGAUGCCAAUGGAGUACCCUACUAUCCUCGGUAGUCAGGUUGCAGGUGUCGUCACAGCCGUUGGGGCACAGGUGACUAACGUUGCAGUGGGUGACCGAGUUGUGGGAACGACCAAGGUUGUUGCGCAGAAGAAAGCCAAAUUUGGCGGAUUACAGCGCUUCUCAAUCCUGGAUGCAUCUGGACUUGUCGAAAUUGGCGAUGUCGACUUCGUCAAAUCUACGACACUGGCACCCACCACCCCACCUGCAGUUCUGUUUGCAGACUCGACACUGAAGCUGCAUCGCCCUACCAUCCCACCCUCUCCCCUCCCUGCCAAUGAGCAAGGCAAGAAGGUCCUUAUCUGGGGUGGAUCCUCUUCUACGGGAUCGCUAUCCAUUGUGUAUGCGAAGCUAGCUGGCUACACCGUCAUAAGUACGAGUUCGCCGCGUAACUUCGACCUCCUCAAAGCAUGCGGUGCCGACUACAUCUUCGAUCACAGUGAUCCAGCCACCAUCAACGCGAUUAGAGACUUGUUUCCAAUCGACUACUGGCUCGAUACCAUCUCGCUGCAACCUUCAAUAACGUCGAUCUUCAAGAUUCUCGCGCCUGAUGGCAAAUCUUUGGUAACAGCAAACAUUCUUGUCCUGCUCCCACCGUCCAUGAUCGGUGUUACCAAUAUCCCUGAAGGUGUCACCCUUCAGGCCCAUCGCUUUGCUACUGCAGCUCCAGAGAAUGCGGAGUGGCACAAGUAUUUCUUAGCACGUGGCGGAUAUCUGGAGCAGGCUAUAAAGAAUGACUUACUGAAGACUGUACCCGCAGAUGUUCUGGGUGGACUUGAGAAAGUUAGUGAUGCAUUUGAUCUACUUUUGAAGGGCGUUAGUGCAAGGAAGAUUGUAAUAGAACCCUGGACCUAAGGUUGCAGUGGUGGAAGAGCUAAUAUAACUAUACGUCCAGAAAAUCUUAAGUUGUUUAUCUUGUUAGCUAAUAGGAAGACGCUUUCUGACUUGUAA